CGUGAACUUGAUUGGAACUUACGAAUAACUUAACCAAAAUAUCUAAGCUUUUUGUGUGAUGUGAAUAGUGAUAACCGUGGGAAUGUAUUUAGAACUGUAGUCUGAUUAUAAUAUAAUAAGUGAGACAUGUCCGUGUUGUUUCCUCUUAUAGUUAUUACAUCCUUGUUCCUACGAGAUCGUGCUUGCAAAAAAUCCAUGAGUUUUCUUAUGAUGAGCAAAUGAAAAGGCGGGAAAAACAGUUUUGUUUGUAAGAAAUUGAGAAAUGUGGCGCGAUGGCAGAGUUCCUGCCCCUUUGCGACGUGCUGUUCAACGUGAUAUCACUUGCUGGCUACUUCUGCGACGUGGUCUUCGAUGUGGUGAUGGGGUACGCGCUGCUUGAGCGUGGGUAUAAGGGCACCUUUGCCGCCGCCAUUUCCAUUGUCAUCACUUCACUACUUAUAUCGCAGGUGAUAUCCCUCCGCUGGUACCUGCAGGUGUGGUGGGGCGAGGGCCGGCGCGAGGGCGGCCCGCGCGGCGCCCCGUGGCUGCCGCUGGUGCUGCACGCCAUGCAGCUGGGCGUGCUGUGGCGGUACGCGCGCCUGCUGCUGCCGGUCGAACUGCAUCGAGUCAAGCAUCAAGUGCGGGACUUGUGCAUGCUCCGCCUGGUGCACGCGUUCUGCGAGGCAGCCCCGAUGUUGUUACUGCAGCUGCACGUACUACUGCGGCCGCCCGAGCCCGCGCCCGACCUCAUAGCGCACGCUGAGCCCACCGUCGACGAGCCUGCCGCAAACAAGGCGUUCGCGGAGCUAAACGUGAUAUCGGCAGCGCUGUCGCUGUUCUCGGUGUGCUGGGCGCUGGCCUCCUUCAGCAAGAACGUGCGUCGCCACAACGUGCACCGGCUGCUGCUCACCUGGCUCGGAGUCAUCUUCCAGUUCCUGUGGCGCCUGGGCACGAUAUCAGCGCGGGUGUGCGCGCUCACUGUAUACGCUCUAGUCUACGAGUACUGGGUCUUCUUAGUUAUAGGUCUCCACUGGGUUUCGAUGUUCCUCUGGCUGAUAUCCCCCAAAAACGUAUUCCACGGCGAGCGCAUCUCGCGCGGCCGCAAGGCGUCACUCUCCGCGCUCAUCGCCUUCGUGUACGUUUUCGCAUACAUCAACCUGCAGGAGCUCAACCAUCGACAGAAGAUGGUGACGUUCUACGUGGUGAUGUGCGUGGAGAACUGGGUGCUGGUGUGUGCGUGGUGGUGGUCGGGCCGCGCCGCCGCGUACUUCCACGUGCGCCGCCUGGGCUACGCGGCGGCGGCGGCGCCGCUGGGGCUCAAGGACAAGCCGCCGCCGGCCGCCGCCGCCGUGCCCGGCGUCUUCAACUGCCGGUUCUCCAACCCAGUCACCAGCGCGGCGGCGGGCCGCAAGAAGAAGAAGCCGACGUCGUUCGUGCCGCCGCCCGCCGCGCCCCCCGCCGCCUUCUGGCGCCGCCCGCUGCCCGCCGCGCACCACCACCACGGCGGCUCAUCAGAAAACGAGGGCUCAAGCGUGGGCUCGCGCGUGAACAUCCAACAAAAGUUACAGGAGAAGAAACAAAAACAGCUCGCAGAACUGCGCGUCAUAGAGGAGGAGAUCAAACAGGGCAAGCUGGCCAAAACCACGCCGGUAGCCGCCGAGGAGAUAUACAGCAGCCUGCAACGACAACCCAUACCCAGAGCCAAGACCCACGCAGAACCUGCCUGGCCCACAAUAGAAAUGGCACACUCUUACCAAAACUACCCCCUACCCCACACCUGCAACAUCUACCCCACCUACACAGAAAUAAAACCCGAAUACACCAUCCAAAACUUCCAAAGCGACAACCCUGACGAUGCUUUGAAACUGCGACGCUUGAAGUACGACCAAAGUCGGGGCUUCUACGAAAAUCCAGCUAACAUUAGAAAUGAAAACAGAACGGCCAUGAGAUCACCUAACUAUUUGAUAGGGGAGACUAGAAACUUCGAUAACGGCUGCGGCAGCCCUAGGAACGUCCUAAACAACAGCCCUAGGAACUACAACAUACCUGAUGUGACAAGCAAUAAUUACGACACCAACGACAAACCUAGGGUACAAAACAAUGCGAUUUAUUCCGACGACAGAGGGGAGUAUUCUGGAUACUGCGAAAAUGGGCAAAACUAUAGCAAAUACGAGUCGAAAGACGCUUAUGUGUCGGCACUGCAUAAUGCCUUAGCCAAUGUUCAGAGUAUAGAUAACAUUCGUUCGACGUACAAUGAGCCCUGUGGCCAGUACAGUCAGAAUUGUGACAGGUUUCCAUACAAGAAGAUGGAGCAAAUGAGAAAGAUGCAGCGAUGUCGGACGCCGGAGAUACUACUCGCCCCGCAUUACUUGGAGGGCUGUAACAGACAAGUGUGCUGUCAUUGGGGACCGCCUUAUACGAAUAGAAAGAAAGAGGAAGGCGGCGCGAGCAGCGGCGAGGAGUCGGCCCCCGACGCGGCGCGAGACACGCCGCGCCCGCCCUCCGACAUCGACAGCCAGAUCUCGCUGCCUCGCUCGUACACGCUGCCGCGCGAGUUCCGCUACUGGCGGCGACGACCGCGCCUGCGCGACCACGCGCCCAGCAACAACAGCAGCGACGGUGACGUGGACAGCGGCGACAACGAGAGCGACCGGCAGUGGGCCGGCUCGGCGUCCUCGCAACUGGCCAGCCACGCGCACGACCUGCCCAGCGACGAGCGACGACCACGCAAGCUGCACCACGCGCCCAAGCCGGAGACCAAGCUAUAACACUACCCCACUACCUCUACUAGCCUACCUACAUUACUGUCCUUGUCUUAGGAAUGUACGAGAACGCACGCGGACAAUAGGAAGGUAUCUGCAGACUAACAGAACAAGACUUGUUCUUCUAAGAUGUUGUAAGGUUUGAAGACCUCACAAACCCUGGUGUUUUCUCACUUAGGAUGGUUUGAACUACAUACGACUACAAGGCAUCGCACUUUACGCUUCUGUCCUUUUUGUAUCACUCGGAACCAACAUUUGCUAGAGCGAGAAGAACGGGAGUCUGACCGCACUCUGAUGGCUUCGUCGAUUUCGCCGCGUGCGGCGCAUUAUCUUGUUCAAGCAGAUUACCGUUCUGAGUGACAGAAAAGGAUGUGGCCACAUGUAGUUCAACCCUAAAGCGAAACAGAAUCUUGCAAAAUCAACCAAUCACAGCGUGCGAGAAAGAAAACACUCUCUGUUUUCCUUCGCGGUGAUUGGCCAAUUCUUGCUCCGCUUCGCUUCAGUGGAAACCCUUAAAUGCUUAUUGCAGUUUGUAGAAGAGUAAGAUGAC